UUGAAUCUCUUGCUCGAUUCCCGGGAACCUCGAUGGCGGCGAGGUGCUCCAUCUCUCCGACCUCCGGUGCCGCUGGCGGCGAGCUCCAGCGGGUCUUCCGGUGCCUUGAUGGGAUCCGAACGCUUGCUGAGUCCGGUCGCUACAAGGCAUGGUUUUUAGAUCAGUUUGGAGUCCUUCAUGAUGGAAAAAAACCAUAUCCGGGUGCUAUUUCAACAUUAGAAAAGCUAGCUAGCCAUGGAGCUAAAAUGGUUGUCAUCAGUAACUCUUCACGAAGAGCAUCUGUUACCAUGGACAAGUUGAAAAACUUGGGUUUUGAUCCUCAUCUUUUCCAUGGAACCAUCACAAGUGGAGAAUUAACACAUCAAUUCCUAGAAAGGUUGGACGCUUCCUUGUUUCUGUUCUGUUCUACUUUUGGAGGGAAUGAUCCCUGGUUUGCUGCCCUAGGAAGAUCUUGUGUUCACAUGACAUGGAGUGGUCGAGGUGCAAUAUCUCUUGAUGGUUUAAAUUUGCAAGUAGUGAGAAAUGUUGAAGAUGCAGAUUUUUUACUAGCUCAUGGCACCGAAGCACUUGGCCUUCCAUCUGGUGAUCCCCUUCCUAUGGACCUUGAUGAACUUGAGCACAUAUUAGAGCAUUGUGCCAUAAGGAAAUUGCCCAUGAUAGUAGCAAAUCCUGAUUAUGUUACUGUGGAAGCUAGAGCUUUGCGCGUCAUGCCAGGAACAUUAGCAGACAAGUAUGAAAAGCUUGGCGGUGAAGUAAAAUGGAUGGGAAAACCUGACAAGGUGAUAUAUAAAUCAGCAAUGACCAUGGCUGCUGUUGAUGCUUCUGAUUGCAUUACCGUUGGAGACUCUCUCCACCAUGAUAUAAGAGGAGCGAACGCAGCAGGGAUUGAUUCGGUAUUCAUUACAGGUGGUGUUCAUGCCACUGAACUAGGACUUGGUAGCUUUGGAGAAGUUGCCGACGUUGAUGCAGUCCAUGCUCUCGGCCGGAAACUUGAUGCCCUUCCAUCUUAUGUUUUGCCUGCCUUUCUAUGGUAGGAAUUCAAUUCAGGUAAGCAUUCUGCAUUCUAUACACAUUUUAUAUUUUUUUUUAUACUUCCAACUCAUAUGCUUUCGCAAUAAGAUUUUUCUUGGAAGUAUGAACUAUCUGAAUUUAAUCUGUAAUGAUACCGACAUUGUUCGAACCUUGAAUGUCUGGAGUUGUGGAAUGUUUUGGUUGUGACAUUUGACUCAUCUUUAAUGUGUCAAACCAACUGUUUUUAUUGA